GGACUAGGAUGGUUUAGCCAAGGGGCUGGCCCAUUCUAGGAGCUGCAGACGCUGGCCCUUGGGACCAGCCCCAGCACAGACCAUCAUUUCCCAGGAAAGCCUGCUCAGGUACCAGCCAUGCUCGCCGCAGGGGAUUCCCUGCUGGCUGCCAUCUGGGCAGCGUUCCAUCUCCGGACUUUUCUGCUGGCUGCUGUCACCUUCCUGUUCCUGGCUGAUUACCUCACAAACCGGCGCCCCAAGAACUACCCUCCAGGGCCAUGGCGCCUGCCCUUCGUGGGCUGCUUGUUCCAUUUAGGCUUUAAGCAACCCCACAUAACCCUUCAAAAGUUUGUGAAGAAAUAUGGGAAUGUUUUAAGCCUGGAUUUCGCUAACAUCCCCUCUGUGGUUGUAACUGGCAUGCCCUUAAUCAAAGAAGUCUUUACUCAAAAUGAGCAAAAUUUUCUGAGUCGCCCAGUCAUUCCUCUUCGAAAACAUCUCUUUGAUAAAAAUGGAUUGAUCUUCUCCAGUGGCCAGACAUGGAAGGAACAAAGAAGAUUCACUCUGAUGACACUGAGGAACUUUGGAUUAGGAAAAAAGAGCUUAGAGCAGCGCAUACAGGAGGAGGCUCACUAUCUUGUGGAAGCCAUAAGAGAGGAGGGAGGACAUCCUUUUGACCCUCAUUUCAAUAUCAACAAUGCAGUUUCCAAUAUCAUUUGCUCAGUCACCUUUGGGGAGCGCUUUGAGUACCAUGACAGUCACUUUCAGGAGAUGUUGAAGACACUGGAUGCAGCCAUAUGUUUGGAGUCAUCAGUUAUGUGCCAGCUCUACAAUGUCUUUCCAAGGAUACUUCAGUAUCUUCCUGGGUCACACCAAACAUUCUUCAGAAAUUGGGGAAAACUGAAACUGUUUGUUGCUAAUAUUAUUGACAAGCACCGGAAAGACUGGGAUCCUGAUGAGCCAAGAGACUUCAUUGACGCUUUCCUCAAGGAAAUGACAAAGUACCCAGAUAACACUACAAGUUUCAAUGAAGAAAACCUCAUCUGCAGCACUCUGGACCUCUUUCUUGCUGGAACAGAGACAACAUCCACGACACUGCGCUGGGCUCUGCUCUAUAUGGCCCUCUACCCAGAAGUCCAAGAAAAAGUACAGGCUGAGAUUGACAGAGUGAUUGGCCAAGGAAGACUUCCCAGCCUGGCUGACCGAGAUGCCAUGUCCUACACCAAUGCUGUCAUCCACGAGGUGCUGAGGAUGGGCAACAUCAUCCCUUUUAAUGUUCCCAGGGAAGUGGCAGUUGACACCAAGUUUGCUGGAUUUGACCUGGUAAAGGGAUCCAUGUUUCUGACAAACCUAACUGCACUACACAGGGACCCCAAAGAGUGGGCCACUCCAGAUGUGUUUAACCCAGAGCACUUUUUGGAGAAUGGACAAUUUAAGAAGAGAGAAUCUUUCCUGCCUUUCUCAAUGGGAAAGCGAGCUUGUCUUGGAGAACAACUGGCCAAAUCUGAGCUCUUCAUUUUUAUGACUUCUCUUAUCCAAAAAUUUACCCUCAAACCCCCAGCCAAUGAGAAGCUGAGGCAGCAAUUCAGAGUGUCUAUCACCAUUGCACCAGUCAGCUACCGCAUCUGUGCGGUUCCUAGGUGGUGAUGUUGAUGAGGGAAGUACGAGGAAAUGGCAUCUGCUUGGAACACACUGCUGCCUGUUCACAUUUAAGGGGACAGGAUUAAGGUGACUGCAUAAAUGGGUGUAGUGAGACUAAAAAAAAAAUAGAAUCAAGUUAUGGGUUCAUAAGUGGAAAGCCAUUUAUGAGCUCAGUGACACAGUUUUUCAUUCAAGACUUGCAGAGAAGAGGGAUUCCUCCAGUAAAGAAAAUGUUUGCAUGGAUCAUGGGAAAUAGUGGAUUAAAUUGAUAAGUAAAUAAAAAAUGUAUAACUUUA